AUGGUUGCUGAAGCUGGAGACAAACAAUGCGAAGUCGUCCUUGUUGGAUGCGGUGCCCCCAUGCGUGGUAUGGGAUGGUACCACGCCGUUCAAAUGUUGAAGAACAAAUGUCCAUCGGCCAAGCUUUGCUUCAUCGUUGAACCGUGGUUCAUGGGAGCAGGUGCCAGCGGACCAGGUGGCCCAGAAUUUGCUGUUUUCCAAAAGGAAGCCGAAGAAAAGGAUGGAGUUCAAUUUUUUAAUAGUGUCAAGGAUCUUCCUCCAAUUGCUGACGGCAAGAAACGCCUGGCUCUUAUUUCUGGCCGAACUGCCGACAACCCAAGACUCUUGACUGAAUGUAUUGAAGGCAAGAUCUCCACGAUCUACUUGGAAAAACCAGGUGCUCCAACCGUUACCGAGCUUUCCAAAAUGAGAGACGAGGCCAAUGCCGCCGGUGUUGCGGUGUUGAUGGGAUACAACAAGAAUGUCUGCAAGUAUGUCUCCAAGGCACGUGAAUUUGCCGCUGCCCACGAGGGAUCCCACAUCACCUUCGUUUCCAACAAUGCCUAUGAAAACACUCCUGAAUCUUUGGGCGAGUGCUUUGAGCGUAAUCGUGAGGGUAUGCUUAAGAACAUGGCCAUCCACGAGCUUGCCUUGUUGGUUUCUUUCUUUGACGUCAAGGUCGAGACUAUUGAAAAGUGCGUCGCCGAUAAGGAUUUCUCUUCUUGCCAAACUUUGAAGGGACCCUCUGGAAAUGAUUUCACCGAUUUUGACAAAAUCAAGUUCACCAUCACCACCAAGAGUGGCAAGUCUGUCAGUGUCUCCGCCGAUCGUUGUGGCGGUGAUGUUUCCUGGGCCAAGGUCGAUGUCAACGGAGAAGAAAAGUUCCGCCACACAAUGCCCGAUGAAGAGGACAAUGCCAAUGUCACUGUGUUGCAAAAGGAAUACCCCGGAGCCAUGCCUUACUUCUUCUCUCAAGAUCCUGACUACAUCACUGUCAAGGAGAAGGUUGCUGAUUUCUGCGCCAAUGGAACAGAACCCACUGGAAUUGCUACUAUUGACAUUGCUGUCGAAACCCUCCGAGUAGCGGAGUACUUGACUCCCACCUUAAAAGAGCAAUUGCUCGGUUAA